AUGUCCGCGACCGAGGGCAGACACAAGAUUCGCCCGCAACAGUCGUGCCUCAAAUGCCGCGAGCGCAAAGUCAAGUGCGACCGCAAUGUCCCCUGCGAGGCCUGCAUCCACCGCGGCAUCGAGUCCGAAUGCACCUAUCUCACCUCCCCCGAAGACCGCGACCACAUCAGCCAAGCCGAGAUCAUCGACCGCCUCCGCCGCGAAGUCGCCCAACUGCGCGGCCAAUUGAACCAGAGCUCCGCACGCGGUCCCAGUCACAGUCGCCGCGACAAAGUCUAUACGCACAAGAAUAAGAUGGCAGGGUUGCACGGGAGCUAUACAGCUGGAUCUGCGUCUGUAUCUGGACCUGGAUCGUCGGGGUCUGGGUCGGGUUCGCGAUCUGCGACGGGCUCGGCGGAACCGACGGAGGCGGGGAGUUGGGCUGGGUCGUCGCCGUCGUCGAUAUCUACGACCGCCAGGACUGGGUCGGUGACUGUCACCAGUCCGGAUAGUACGGGCAGUGAGAGUGGUGCUGGUGGUUCUGGAUAUGUCCAGCAGCAUGCGUAUUCGGGGCCAACGGGCCCAUAUGGGACACAGAUUGCCGAGGUGGACAUGGCGACAACGACGGAGAGUGCGGUACUGGGGAAUUAUCUCCAUGACGACGCAAGGGCCCAGUAUCAUGCAGGCAGUAUGCCAGUCUUCGCACAUAAACCUGCUGGAUCAAUUCCAAUGCAAGCCCUCUCAUCACAACCCGCGCAUCCUUUGCCCGACCAAGGACUUUCAGGGCAGUCCCCAAUGCAUAUACACGGUAGCCACGAUAGUCCAGACUACGAGGAGGGCCUUGCGCAUGCACAUGCGCAGGCUCACAUGGCCAGCUACACUCAUAGUGGGGACUAUAACCAAAAUCUAUACGAUUACACCAACAUGAACUCCAUGCAUCCCUCUCAGACAAACCAUCAGCCCUGGAGCCAAGGGCAAUCUUAUCCACAGACCCAUUCGCAACUACCACCACAAAUACAACAACCACAUCCACAUCCCUACCCGGACUCAACAUACUACCCCUCCAGCAUGAACCCCUUCGCACCCACCGACUCCACCAUAUACCCAUCCCCUCAUCCCUACUACACCACGAACGCAAACGCAACCCAAACACCCUCACCACCCGCCCACACACCCGAAUACCAAACCCACGCUAUAAACUCCAUCCCCGACUCCUGGAAAGGCCCCGACAAACGAGCCCUCCUCGAAACACUCCUCGAAACCAUCACCAGCUGCGACGAAGAGCGCGUCGCCCAGGUCGUCGCCGUGGUGCGCACCAGCGAGACGCCCGAGGAGGCUGUUUCGGGGAUCUGCCGGGUUCUGGGUAUUGGAAUUAGUGGGGAUGGGGAUGGGGAUAGUUCGUCGAUUAUAAGAUAA